AUGGACCUCGGCCAGAGCUUGCGCGACCUUCAAGUGCGAAUCGCUGCACUCAAGGCCAAAUCUGAAAAACGUCUGCCAGCUUCUCAAGGGGCUAGCAACGAUUUUCCCGAGACGAAGACAACAACUGCUCAAGAGAAAACGAUGAACACCCUGCUCGCACGAACAGAUGAUCUGACCAAGAUCAGCCUCGGAGUACUGAAACAGUACAGCGAGCAAGAUCCCCACGAGAUGAGCGACGCUGAGCUUGCGUUUUACAACAAAUACGUCGCGCCCGUCAAGCAUCUCCUCAAAUAG